UGUCAAUGCGCCUGUUUCAUUCUUGUCGCUUUAAAGUUAAAAGCUUUUAAGAAUUUAAGCAUUCUUCCACUACCCUGAGCCUGCACGCUCUUCGCCUGUCUGACUGAACCUCCAAUUCUCCGACAUUCAUAACAACCAUAUCUAUCUGAGAAGACUAUGGUAUGGAUUGAGUGUCUUGUAGCGGAUUUGGAUCCAAUUUCAUUAAUAACAUUGAGCAGGAGGUUCGUUCAACGGUCGGUCUGCUAAUCGUCAUUUAUGCGAGGUCCGGAGCAACAUUUUAUGAUGCAUUGAUGCAAGCAUUAAAAGGAGGAAGCGAUGAAGAUAGUAACUUACAACGUUAAUGGUCUGAGACCACGCAUAUCCCAACACGGUUCUCUUCGUAAAUUACUCAACUCCCUCGACGCCGAUAUCAUCUGCGUUCAGGAGACCAAAUUGUCGAGGCAGGACUUGAAAGCGGACUUAAUUAUGGCCGAGGGAUAUGAAUCAUUCUUUUCUUGCACUCGUACCUUCGAGAAGGGACGUGUUUGUUAUUCAGGUGUUGCAACACUUUGCCGGGUAUCUUCAGCAUUUUCGAGUAAUGAAGUGGCUUUGCCACUUUCUGCAGAAGAGGGCUUCACUGGUCUUCUUGGAAAUUCUCAAAUAGGGGUUUCCAUAAAUAAGGAUGAAGUGCCUCCAAAAGUGGAAUGCCUUGAGGGAAUAACAAGAGAGCAUCUCCUUAAAGUUGACAGUGAGGGACGCUGUAUCAUUACAGAUCAUGGUCAUUUUGAGGUAUUUUUGCAGUUCUUUAUAAUAUAUAUGGACCUAGAGCUGAACCCAAUGAUGUGGAAAGAGUCCAGUUUAAGCUCACAUUUUUCAAGAUAUUGCAGAUGGGAAUCUCUCUUAAGUCAGGGGAAGAGGGUCAUCAUUGUUGGUGAUCUCAACAUUGCUCCUUCUGCUAUAGAUCGCUGUGAAGCUGGCCCAGAUUUUGAGGAAAAUCAGUUUCGGAGAUGGCUUAGAUCGAUUUUAGUGGGUGGAGGAGGCCCCUUUUAUGAUGUUUUUAGAGCAAAACAUCCUGACCGAAAAGAAGCAUAUACUUGCUGGCCACAGCAUACUGGUGCAGAGGAAUUCAAUUAUGGGUCAAGAAUUGACCAUAUUCUCAUUGCAGGAUCAUGUUUGCAUCAAAACCAUGAUACAGAAGGCCAUAACUUUGUAAAUUGCCAUGUUAAAGAGUGUGACAUAAUGACACAGUUUAAAAGGUGGAAGCCUGAUAACAAUCCCAGAUGGAAAGGAGGAAGAAGUAUCAAAUUGGAAGGUUCAGAUCAUGUUCCUGUUUUUGUCAAUUUAAUGGAAAUUCCAAAUCUUUCACAGCAUGAUACUCCAUCUUUAUCUGCUAGAUAUGUGCCUGGAGUCCAUGGGUUCCAACAGACUAUUGAGUCAUUGCUUAUGAAAAGACAUGUAGCUGCACGGGAUAAAAAUGAUGGUGUCUCAGAAGUAGUUUCAGAUGCAAACAUUAAAGUGGAGAGUUGCAGUGAGAAUGCAAAAAGCUCAUUUUCAGAUGAAAAGGUUCCUGCCUCAAAUGAAGAGUCUCAAGGUUUUGGUUUGAGAAAAAAUGAACAUUUCAGUGAUGUUUCUAGUAUGGCUUCAGAGAACACUAUGACAAUGUCGAGAAGUAAAUCUACAAAAUCAAUAUCUUUUGAGUGCAUGGCAACCAGAAAAAAAGCAAGACAUAGUAAUUGUUCUCAACUCACAUUGAGCUCAUUCUUCAAGAAAAAGCUUAACCAUGAUGUCUUUGAUACCGAUGGUUCUGAUUUUUCACUUGUUCAAGUAGACAAGUCAGAUGUAAAGGCCGGUUCUCCUCAUGUAACCGGAGAAAUGAUUCUCCCCAGUGAAACGCCAUUAGGUGAUGAUAAAAGCAGUAUCUGCAAGAAGAAUGAGUUGAACACGACCCCACCUGCUCCUUAUCAUGCAAAUAUAAAUGAUUGUGGUUCUUCUGGGAAGGAGAAAAACAAUGUUGCAUUGUUGGAGUGGCAAAGGAUCCAAGAGCACAUGCAGAAUAGUAUUCCUCUAUGCAAGGGCCAUAGUGAGCCUUGUGUUACACGGGUAGUGAAGAAAGAAGGUCCAAACUUGGGUCGUAGGUUUUAUGUCUGCGCUCGUGCCGAGGGACCUGCAUCUAAUCCAGAAACAAACUGUGGUUACUUCAAAUGGGCUACUUCAAAAUAUAGGAAGAAAUGAAAGUUGCAGAUUUUGACUUUCUGAAUCAAUCCUACGAUCGUGAGGAUUACAGACCCAGUUAAAGAGAUGUGGAAAUAUGAGCUAUAACGUUUCGAUAUUGUUAGACUGCUAAUAUUCUAUUUUCAUACUUGUUUUGUAAGUGUAUUGGGCAGUCUAUAAUUUUCUUUCCUAUUUGGGGAAGUUAUAUGGGUCAAUCCGUGCUGUUAUAGAGGGUACACAAGCAGGAGUAUAAUGGUCAUUUUGUUUGUAAUGCAGAAAUAUUUACAUAACAGAGAGAGGCUCAAGCCUCGUACUUUUUCUCUCUUCAAA